AUGGAUACCAGAUGGGCUGAUCUCUCGCAAAAUUCGGAAUCUCGUUGGAACUCCUAUACUAACAGUUACUUGCCGACAACAGCGAGUAGCGAAUUAAAUCCUUCCGUGACGUACGCGUUAAAAACUAGUUUAACCGAAACAACGUCGUUUUCCUAUACACCAGCUUUUAUGGAAACGAGCCCGUCCUACUUUACUGAGUUUGCCACCUCGUCAAGUACGUCUUUAGACAGCUUGAACGUGUCACAAGCGGCGAAACCGUCCACAAAUUACGGACAGACUGAUUGUUUUACAAACUAUACACCAAAUUCUCAAUACGUCUCGUCUACUCCUCCAUCGUAUAAUCUCUUCCCGUCUCAUAAUUACCAUACUUCAUCAAGUUAUACAACUUUAACAUCGCCGGUUACGUCAUCAUCCCUCAUAUAUCCUCAAUUAUAUAACCAUUCUUCUGUACAUCUCUUGGGGACACCCGAAACUGGUGUGACGUCCUCGCAGACUAUAUCUAGCCCCAAUUUAUAUAAUUACGGUAUUAAUCCGGCGCAAGAUAAUCCGUCCGAUAAUUCAGUAUGGAGGCCAUAUUAA